AAUUUGUGCUUCCCAAAAUCCCUGAGAGCAAUGGAAAAUAUGGAAUGGAGCCUCUGUUGUCGGGAAAUUAGGGCUUGAAUUUCUUCUGCAAUAUUUGGCGUUUCCAUUCGAGAAUAGUUGAACCACCUUGCAAACAAGCCUCUGGGUUGAAAUGGACGCGGCUCGGCCUCAAGAACGGUAUCAAUCCGAGAUCAACUGGGACAAGCUUGAUAAACCUAAGUUCUAUGUCGUAGGAGCUGGGAUCUUUACUGGGAUUACAGUUGCACUUUAUCCCAUUUCAGUUGUCAAGACAAGAUUGCAGGUAGCUGACCAUUACUCCCAAGAAAAGAAUGCAUUUUCUGUGUUGAGAGGAAUUUUUAAAACGGACGGGAUUCCAGGUUUGUAUCGAGGAUUCGGCACUGUCAUUACCGGCGCAAUUCCUGCCAGAAUUAUAUUUCUCACGGCGUUGGAGACAACAAAAGUGGCCGCUUUUCGGGCGGUUGAGCCGUUCAAGUUUUCUGAACCUACACAGGCAGCCAUAGCAAAUGGUGUUGGUGGCAUGCUGGCUUCGCUCUGUGCACAGUCUGUGUUCGUUCCAAUUGAUGUGGUUAGCCAAAGGUUAAUGGUGCAAGGGUAUUCAGGCCAUGCCAGCUACAACGGGGGCUUAGAUGUCGUUAGGAAAGUAUUGAAAUCUGAAGGGGUUCGUGGAUUGUAUAGAGGAUUUGGUCUCUCUAUUUUAACCUAUUCCCCAUCAAGUGCAGUAUGGUGGGCUAGCUAUGGUUCUAGCCAGCGCUUCAUUUGGAGUCUCUUAGGGCAUGGGACUGAGAAGGGUCAACCUGCUCCUAGCCAGGGAAGGAUAGUGUCAGUUCAAGCUGCUGGUGGAAUUAUUGCAGGUGUUACGGCAUCUUGUAUCACUACUCCACUGGACACCAUUAAAACACGUUUACAGGUGAUGGGGCAUGAGGUUAAGAGACCUAAUGCAAGACAAGUAGUUAAACAUUUGAUUGCAGAAGAGGGCUGGACUGGACUUUACAGAGGCCUUGGCCCAAGAUUUGUCAGCAUGUCGGCCUGGGGUACCUCUAUGAUACUCGCCUAUGAAUAUCUCAAACGUUUAUGCGCAAAGGAGUGAUGAGGUUCAAGGACAACACAGUACUUUGCCUUGAUUGUGGGUCCCAUCUUUGGAGCCGGAAAACACACGGUCAGAGGUAUUUGUGAAAUGCUUUAUUUGGUUCCUUCAUAUAUUCUUUUUCCCAAGUCAGUUGACAGUCGUCUGUUGUUUGUCUUGGAAGAAUCUAUUGGUUUUUUUUUUUAAAUGCUUGGGAAAUGCAUAUGACAAGUCAUUUGACUUUCCACAACACAUCUGCAAUAUAAAAUUUUGUAAAUUGCUAUUUGUUGCAUUGUUACUUUGUUAGUUCACAAAAUGGGAAUUUUAGGCAUUUGAGAUAAGGUCUUCUUCUGCUUAUU